AUGCGUCGGGACAAGUAUAUAGUGGCGGGCAGAUCGCCUGUUGGUGCAGACAUGACUGUUUGCGAAAACUACCCAACACACAACGAGUUCAGAUCCGACACGUUCACGGUGCCGACUGCGACGAUGCUGCAGUCGGCAGCCGUGUGCUCUGUCGGAGACUCUGUCUACAAAGAAGAUGAGGAUACUUUGGCACUAGAGGCCAAGGUUGCGCAAAUGGCGGGCAAGGAAGCUGCUCUUUUCUGCUGUUCGGGCACGAUGUCGAACCAGAUCGGGCUCCGGGCGCAUUUGCACCAGCCUCCGCACCGGAUCCUGUGCGAUUACAGAGGUCAUGUGUACGCACACGAGGCUGGUGGGCUGGCGACUCUGUCGCAGGCGAUGGUGACCCCGGUUAUACCAGCGAAUGGGUUAUAUCUGACUUUGGACGAUAUUUUGGAGAACUACAUCCCGGACGACGGCGAUAUCCACAUGGCUCCGACAAAAGUUAUUUCGCUCGAAAAUACAUUGCACGGGAUAAUCAUGCCCCUGGACAACAUCCGCGAGAUCUCGGAGUGGUGUCGCGCGAACGGCGUGAAACUGCAUCUGGACGGCGCGCGGUUAUGGAACGCCAGCAUCGCGACCGGCGUCAGCAUCCGCGAGUAUUGCCAAUACUUCGACUCGGUCUCGCUGUGUCUAUCCAAGGGUUUGGGUGCUCCCGUCGGGUCGAUUUUGGUUGGCGAGCGCGCAUUCAUCGAGAAAGCCAACCAUUUCAAGAAGCAGAACGGUGGAGGAAUCCGCCAGGCGGGAAUUCUGACGAGAAUGGCCAGCAUUGCGAUCGACGAGAAUCUGGCCAAGCUGCGGAUCGGCCACCAGUUUGCGCGCGACGUUGCGCAGUUCUGCGAGGCCAACGGUAUUGCGCUGGAGUCGCCAGCUGAUACGAACUUUGUAUUUCUGGACCCGAAGAAAUUCAAGAUUGACCCGGACGUGCUCGCGUCGCUGUCUCAAAAAUAUGGCCUCAAAGUUAUGGGCUACCGACUGGCCUUCCACUUCCAGAACUCGCGCGAGGCGGUCGACCGGCUGAAGCAGAUGCUCAAGGAGGCCCAUGAGUACGCUCAGAAACGCCCGUACGUGUCCAAGGGCGCUGUGCGCAUAUAUAGAGCGGACACGUCAAGUACCAUAACGAACACUAAUUAG